AUUCAGUAUCAUCAGCAACAUUUCUUGCAAGAUGAAGGUUCUCGUAACGAUCGUGCUUUUAUCUGCCGUUGCGUCCGUGGUAGAAUUGAAAUCAGAAUCAAAGAAGUAUAAACGCGGAGUGGCAGUUUUCGGCUCGCCUGAUUUCUUUGGAAUCGUGCCAGCCUUCGCUCCUUCAUCGUGGGCCCCUACGAGUUUUGCAGCUUCAGCCUGGAAUCCACCUAUCGCCCCAGACGUAGCGCUUGCACAGGUUCAAGUGCAAGCCACUCACAAUGUGGCACUUCAGACUUUGAAGGAUCCGGCGGCCGGUACGCCCAGCAUCGCGUACCCGCCCGAAGUCUUGAAAGCAAUUCAACAGGCAAAGGAAGCGAAUAACAAUGUUGCCGUGGCGCAGCAUAAAGUUGCAGAGGCGAAGCAAGCCGCAUUGAUUCAGCAGAAAAUUGCAUUGGCAAAGGAGGCAGCGGCGAGAGAAGCUGCCGCGAGGUCGCAUGAAAUUUCGCAAUAUGCCGAGGGUGAAGCUAAAGCCAGCGCUCGACAACUCGUGGCGCUGCAACAGAGAUUAGCAACCCUAAAAGAUGCUGUAGCAGCUGCACAGAGAGUAGCAGCGGCAAGGGAAGCCGCCGCAGCUGCGGCAAUCCAAAGAAACGCAGCCAACACCGCUGCAGAAUUGCAGAAGCUGGAUGUUGAUAAGCAGAUUAGUCAAAGCGAGCAGGAAGCUAAAGAAAAGGAUGUAUUAGCUGCAAAAGAAAAUGCAAUAGCAAAUGCAGUCCAGCACGCAAGCUUACAGAAACCUGCUCACCAUCCUUGGGGUUAAAAAUUAUUUUGUGACAAUAUAUACAUUUUACACAUAUCAUUACCGGCUCAUAUUAUGUAUUAAUGGUGGCGGUGACAUAAAAGGACAUUUAAAAUGUUAUAAAUAUAAUUUUGUAAUUGUUAUAUGUAAAAACUGUUUCAUCAAUAAAAGUUACAUAUA